AAUUUAUUAAAUGAGUGCCAGGAGCCAAAGACGGCAUCAAGAAAACCGUCUUGUUUUUGCUGUUUUUCUGCUGUAUUUCCUUAUGGCUGAAAGUACCAGAAAUUGCCCACAGUCAAACAUGACAUUCCAAUACGUUGACCGUUGUCCAGGAACACGAAAAGAGUGGAUGGAUGCUGCCCUGAGAAAAAAUUGCUCGGGAAUCAAGCAAAACUGUGCUGAGUCAGAAAACUUUCAGCACCAUUGUGUAAUAAAUUCGCUCAUGAAUGCGAACAUAGAAGUCUGUGCACCGACUUGGUUUUGUAUAGGAUUUUGUGCGGAAUACAACCUACAAGGAGAAAGAAUUCAGGACAAUUUUAAUGCACCGUGUAGAACCUUCUCCAAUCCUUGCCCGCCAAGAUAUUUAUCUUCUGAAGCAUACCUAUACCAAGGAUGUUACAGGCUAGUGGAGACUCAGAAGAAAGAAUCGCUUCUACACAACAAGAGGACGUAUGAUGUAGCAAGCAAUGAUAAGGAGACAGUUAUAACUGUGUCAGUACUUUGCCAUAUUGCUGUUCUGCUAUCAGCACUUGCAGUGGUAUUUUACAAAAGAAAACAUGAAAAAAGAUCAAAACCUCCGAAGAUUGAUAAUGAGGAAAUCAAAGAUGAUGAACGGAUGAUAGCUGAAACACAUAAUAUAUGACGUUUACUUUAGAAAUCUCUCUCUCUCUCUCUC